GGGCGCGACACCGACACUGCCGCCGCCGCCAUGCGCCGCUGAGGCGGGCGCUGGCCGGGCCUCGCCAUGGGGGCGCCGCCGCCCAACGGCAGCCUCGGCCCCACCGAGAGCCCCCUGCGGCCCGGCGGCGGGGCAGCGGCGGGGCCGGGCGAGCGCGGCUGCGAGAACGGGGCCCUCAUGGACAGCUUCGGCAUCUUCCUGCAGGGGCUCCUGGGCGUCGUGGCCUUCAGCACCCUCAUGCUAAAACGCUUCAGAGAACCAAAGCAUGAAAGACGUCCUUGGAGAAUAUGGUUUUUAGAUACUUCCAAGCAAGCCAUAGGGAUGUUGUUCAUCCACUUUGCAAACGUCUAUUUAUCAGACCUUACAGAAGAAGACCCUUGUUCACUGUACCUUAUCAACUUCUUGUUAGAUGCCACAUUAGGGAUGCUGUUAAUCUACAUUGGUAUACGUGCAGUCAGCAGCAUUGUGGAAUGGCAGCAGUGGGAGUCCCUUCGCUUUGGUGAAUAUGGUGACCCACUGCAGUGCAGUGCCUGGGUGGGGCAGUGUGCUCUGUACAUCAUGAUUAUGACGUUUGAGAAAACCAUCAUCAUUAUAGUGCUUCUGAUACCUCAAUGGAAGGAGGUAGCUUUAUUGAAUCCUAUAGAGAACCCCCAGUUGGAGUUGGCUAUCGUCAUGUUGAUAGUUCCCUUCUUUGUUAAUGCAUUAAUGUUCUGGGUAGUAGAUAAUUUUCUUAUGAAGAAAGGGAAGACAAAAGCUAAACUUGAAGAAAAGGAAGCAGGACAAGAUUCAAGAAAUGGAAGUAAAGUCCGAUAUAGGAGAGCAGCAUCACAUGAAGAGUCAGAGUCAGAAAUCCUCAUUUCAGCAGACGAUGAGAUGGAGGAAUCAGACGCUGAAGAGGACUUGCGUAGACUGACCAACUUGAAGUCCAUUAAGAAAAAGAAGCAUCGUUUUGGUCUGCCUGGCCUGCCAUCCAGGACCUUGAUCUGAUUGGAGGAGCUGUGCUACAGUAUUGUGAAUAAUUCUGUCCCAUACUUGAUUUUGUUGAAAAAGCAAUCUUCUGUUUAAUGUGCUUAAAAAUGGGUUUCUUCUGUUUAAUUUCCUUUAAGUCUGAUUAUUCUUUAGUAUUUUUAAAAAAGAGAGGUAUAAUACAGUCACUACAGAAUUUCUGCAGUUUUCAGUGUCUGUCUUCUAAUAAUUGUCAACAUGUGCUGCUUUAAAACCCUGCAGACAUGUUUUCAGUUACAUCCUUUUGCUUUGCGAAUUUUCUAAAUGAUUGUUUCUGACAGCUUUCCUUACGUAGCUAAACCUUGUACAGGACAAGGCGGUGUGUCGAAGAGGUGACAACAGAAAUAAAUUGCAGAUCUGUUUUACAAUCUAGACAUCAGAAAUGUUCCAAGCCUUAAACCAAACAGUUUCAUCAGAAAACUGCUCAGAACUUUUUAAGAUUUUUUACAUUUUUAUAGAUUUACUAGGUCUUAAUGUGAUUUAUUAUCCAGGCCACUUAAAUGGGGUUCUUGGGCCUUAGUAAAUACUGAACUGUGCGCUCCCUUACUUCUUUUCACUAUUCCAGCAUUCCUUUUCACCGCUUGGCUGCUGAGGUGAACACAGUGUUCUGAGACUUCAGGUACACUUCGGCAGAUCCGGCUGACUAAAAGGGACAUUUUACCAAACCUAACGUUUGCAAGUUUAGUUGAGCCACUGACCUCUGUUACUGUGCACUGAAAUGUAAUAACUGCAAUAAGUUUAAAUACUAGUGUUUCUUUUAGACUAAAUCUAGAAACUAAUGACAAUGGAAGCUUAAUUGAGUUAUUCUGAAGUGGGGGUAGGGGGCUGGGGAAAUGUCUCUAAUCGGUGUUGCCUCUGUUUUAGUUUUGUUGGUUUUUUUUCAUUGAUUGUGUGACUAGCAUCUUCUCUUGAUUGUUGACUGUUGGGCAGGCUCAUAUCUCCAAAAGCACAGUAUUUAAAGGAAUUCAUUUUCAUCAACAGGAUAGUCUCAUACAGCUCACUGUUCCAAAGGAAUUUAAGAGCUAGAGCUGGCUCUUGUUGCAAAUGUCAGUGUUUAUUUUUUAGCAUAGGAUUUGUUCUAUUUCAGAUAGUGAAAUAAAAGUAUUUAACAUGUGCUACAUACCACUGCACAGUCAUUGCUAUCCUCGUCAACUGAGCAGCGCACACAAAUUUAACUGUACAAGCUUUCAUUUUAUCUUCCUUUUCCCUCCUCUUCUAUAAUUACUUAAAUUAUCGAAAUGAUUUCUAUUUCUAGUCUCAUGUUUAGUCUGUGAAAUGUCAGUAUAAAAUUAUGGCCUUAAUCAUGUAAAAUAUUUGUUUUGAGCAGACCUCAAACUUACUGACCAAGUACAAAACAGUAUAAAGCACUAUGGAGCAGUUUCUUGAAGGUGGUUAUAGCAAAGGUAUACAAAUACCUAUUUUUUUUUCUGUCUUAAGUGCUUAAAUGUCACUUGGUUCGAGAUUUUGGUAUGCCUAGCAAGAUGACAUAGUAAAGCACUACGAGCCAAAGAGACAGAAGUCAAAUAUUUUAAAUACCACAGUAGUAAAAGGACUAUAUCUUCAGAGGGAAAAAACAAUUCUAACUUUCUCUACUAAAGUAUACAAAAUUUAUUCCCAACCUUAGCCAAAUAACAAAACUGUUUUUUUUUCAUUUUCUGUUAUCAUAUGGAAGAGAAAUGGAAAAUGUAAAAUUGGCAAUUUCCCUCUUUGUAAGGUAAGAAUUGGAAUUCUCGCAGUAAAUACAAGAUUACAUGCUCUUGUCAGAAGAGCUUGUGUGUGUGUGUGAGAAGGAAGUAUGUACCUAGUGCUUCACUAUGUCUUACUGCUCAUUGAAAUGUAGUGGCACUGCAGGCUGAAAUAAAUUUUUCAUCAAGAGUUGAUCCAGUAAUAAUAAUAUUGCGGCCCAACAACAUUUGCAUUUAUGCUCAGAUUGGUGCUCUGAGUUAAUGCCUGGUAAAGGGACUUCAGGACAACUCAUAGCAAAGGUUUACUUCAGGCUGUGCUUAAAAAAUGUGAUUGUUUAAUGAAAAUAAGCUAUGUAGUAUAUGCCAAAGUAAGAGAAAGGGAUUGUAACUUACCGAAGAAAUACAGAAGCACUGGUGCAAAUGGAGUUUACCACGAAUGGUCAACCUAAAUGUAUUAACUGUGUCUGGUAUCUGACCUGUGACACAUUUGCAUAAAUUUAAAACACUGGUGUCGUCUAAUACGUGGUUUUCAAGUUCUGGCUUUGAUAUGUUCAGGUCCCCUUGUCUUACUUUAAGUAGGUAAAUGCUGUAUAUUAAUGUUGCUAACUAAAAUGUACUAUAGCUUUUCUUCAGGGAAAACUCAGAAAAUGAGUUGCAAAUUAGAGCAAUGCAAAGUGAUCCCCUCCAACAGAUUCCAGCUGCACCUGGGGAGGGAGGAGCGGGCUCGCAGCUCUGCUGAGAGCUGAGCAUCACAAGGAAUUUCUGCCACUGUGCUUGACUAACCCAUGUUUGCAACUUUGCUGUGCUUUUUGCAGGAGAAACCAGUAAUGAAAGAGCCACAUCAAGUCAGAGUAGAUCUACAGCAUAGGCGUGCAAACUUUUUUUAUGUAUUUAAAGUUUCCAGUUCAAUUACUGAAAAUGACUACUAUGGUUUUACAAAGUAAAACUGCAGUAUCUUUAAAAAAGGGACUCUUUUGUAGGUGUUUCUGUCUUUGCGUGGGUAUCUGUCUCAAACUGAAUGUUGGGUUUGUUUGUAAGUAAAUUCAGAGUAGAGCCUGUGUGAGCAAAACCAACGAGCUGUAUUCUGCUGCCCUCUGUUUGGACCAUAUUGUUUAAUCAGUAGUGUUACCGUAAACUUCUAAGGGUAUCUGAUGUAAUUACAUUGUAUAAUGGUUUACAAUAAAGUUUGACUUAUUACAGAUUUGUA